AUGGGACAAUUUCUAUCGAUUGCUAGCACGGUGUCUAUACUCCUUCGCAAUGCUUAUCGUGUACUCUAUCUAUGGUUGACGAAUCAAUCACGGUUGGUGCAACAAGGAUUUCAACUCGCUUCUUUCUUCAAUCCGACUCUAAUAACAGUCUUUUCUCGUGUUUAUAGUGAAUCUCUUCUCAUCCAAUACGUCUUUAAGCAUGGACAAGAAGGAGAUGCGGAUCAGAUCUUGAAAACACUCGACAAUUUCGCUCGUAAUGAAAUGUUUCUGAUGAAUGUUGGAGAUGUGAAGGGGAAGCAUGUAGAGGAGAUUGUUCAGCGAGAAAAGCCAAAGAUUAUGGUUGAACUGGGUGCGUUUAUGGGCUACUCAGCUAUUGCUUUUGCCAAGAACUUGCCUCCUGGUGGGAAAUAUUACUCGUUUGAGAUCAAUCCGCUGUAUGCCGCUAUCGCCACGAAGAUCGUGGAAUUUGCGGGUUUAAAGGACAAGGUGACUGUCGUUGUUGGAGCUUUUGGAGACAAGUACCAGCUUCUCAAAGAACGUUAUGGUGUUGACAAGGUCGACAUUUUCUUCAUCGACCAUUGGAAGGAUAUGUAUCUACCCGAUGUCAAAACCAUCAUUGGCAGUGGCCUUUUAAAGAAAGGAUCCGUCAUUAUAGCAGACAAUACUGUGACGCCAGGUACUCCGGACUACCUAAAAUUCAUACGUGCUCAUCCCAGGUUUGAGAACCGCACGAUCUGGAGCGAGUUGGAGUAUAUGCCUGCUGUGAAAGAUGCGCUUGAAGUGUCUACGUAUCAGGGAGAGUAA